GGGGCUGGCCAAUAGCAGGGCUGGGAGCUGAAGCAGGUUGUUCCCCGGCUCAUUCCAGGAGAGAGCAGUGUGGGGAGAGGAGCAGCUGUUUAGUGACUGGAUUUGUCAUUUCUCUCCUUCAGACUUUAUCACUGGGAUCCUGUGAGACAGGAGAGUGGCCUGAAGCCCAGGGUUAACCCUCUGGUGCAGUGAUGCGGAUAUUGUAACGCCCAACGCAAUUCAGGCCGACCCAAUUCCUCGUGUUCAGCAUGGAGCUGAAAGUGUGGGUGGAUGGAGUGCAACGUGUGGUCUGUGGAGUAUCCGAACAAACCUCCUGCCAGGAUGUGGUCAUUGCUUUGGCUCAAGCCAUAGGUCAAACUGGACGUUAUGUCCUCAUCCAGACUCUGCGGGACAAGGAGAGGCAACUUCUGCCCCAUGAAAGGCCUCUGGAGUUCUUGUCUAAGAGUGGACAAUAUGCCAGUGAUGUGCAUUUCAUUUUGAGGCGCACAGGACCAAGCUUAGCUGAACGCCCAUCUUCUGAUACAGGCCCUGUGCCCCCAGAGAGGACUUUUGUCAGAUCAAGUUUGCCCCUAAAUACUCGAACAGCGGGCACAGAAAUGACAAAGUCAAAGGAGCCCAAAAAGUCAUUAACAUUUAAUUUGGGGCCUAUAGGUUCCUGUGAAAUGUUGUCCAAGCACAGACAGAAGCAAGUGAAUGGCAUUACUCUUAAAGAUGGUUCCUCCCAGAGGCCCCCCAGCAAAGAGGAGACAUUCAAGAUGGUGUUGCGGCAGCAGGAGCAGCUAAAGUCCCUAGAAGUGCAAAAUGGUUCUUUAGGGAAGGAUAUCCAGACAUGGGAAUGGGGCAAGGCUGGGGGGCCCAUGGAGGAAGAUGAAGAUGAAAUAGCUUACUUGGAAAGGCUGAUCCAAUGCAAUGAAGCUGAGCUUAGAGAGGAUAUGUUUUGGGAGGAUGAACUGCAAAGAGAAAGGGCAGAGGAACAAGAGAGGCAGGAGAAAAUGAGAAAGCUUAGGGCUACAAUGGAGGAGUACACCAUGAAAAUACAGGAGCUCACCGAGAGUACAGAAGCCCUAGAGCUGGAGAUCCAAAAAGAGACUUCCAAGAGACUUGUGUCAGAGCCCAGUCUUACUGACCUGGAGCAAAUGGUUAUCAAGAUGAGAAAAGAUUUGGAGGCCAAGGUUGGCCAAGGAGAGCAGCUGGAGAGGAACCUAUCCAAUGUGGAAAGGGCUUGUGAGGAGGCCAGGAGAAAAAUUCAGGCCAGGAAUGAGGAACUGGAGGAAGUGAAUAAAGACCUCAGGCAGUGUAACCUCCAACAAUUUAUCCUUCAGACAGGAUCUACAGUGACAAGUGCUCAGCUUCGGCCUGAUGAAGAUCCUCCUCCUGCUGAGCCUCAUGAUGUCCAAAACCAGCAGAGGAACAGAGGACCCAUGGAUUCCCCUCCACGACCAGCAUCCAAUCAUCUCGUCGGCCACCCCCGGAAUUUGCAGAACCCACUGGUGUCCAGUUUGAGUCCUGAGGGUGCGUAUGUCUGAGGCCUCUUCCCUUCUUGGUGUUCUAUCAUCACGAGAGACGUCCUGGACUUAAAGAAUAGAGCAGCGUCUCCCUCCUGUAACCCAUGAAUUAUAUCUGUUGUAAUUCCAUUAUAAAGCUGUAUAUAUAUAUAUAUUGUUUAUAUUUUUGUAUUAUAAAUAUAUGAAUGAACCGUUCUGUAUAAAGGGAAUAUUCUCCAUGUACUUAGAGCGAUGCCGUUGGAUUUUCCCAGGCUCGUGUCUAAUGAAUAAAAUUAAUCGUUUGUGAAGUUUUCCCACUGAGAUGAUCCUUUAAUCUAUGAAAGUGGAGUGGGAAGAUCACCCGUGGGAAUUAAUAGCAGCGCAGUGGGUGUUUAUUUGUGCUCCUCCCCCUCCCAACCCAAGAAUUUUGGAAAGGGAAAAUUACGAAUGACUUUGUAUUUUUUUUU